AUCAUUGCAAUUGUUGGGCAUCAAUUAAGGUACAUGGUGGGAAAGGCGAACAGAAACAAAGACAAGUCCAUCUGGGUGGUAAUGCACAACAGGUCGCCCUUGCUAAGCAACGAGUUGAUGAAUAUGUCUAUUCCCAGUUGAUGUUACAAGCUGGUGGUGAGCAGCUACAGGAGACAAUGCAGCUACAGCAGACAAUGCAGCUGCAGCAGUCAGUGCACCUGCAACAGUCAAUGCAACUGCAGCAGUCAGUGCAGUUGCAACAACAAAUACCAGACCCAUCUGCUACUCUGAUGCAAGGAUAUAGUCACGGUCAUGGACUUUAUAUGAACAGUAACCAAGAAGCUCAAAUGAUGUCAUCGUACCCACAAGUAUACACAUCGAGCACCCCUCAAGCUCCUGCUUACUAUGGUCAGUCCUAUCCAGCUCCACAAAUGUAGAGGUUAAAGGGGGUCUCUUUUUGGUACACCGGCUUUUGAAUCAGAUGAUUUAUAUACAAAGUGUUGACAAUUUCUUGUUGUUCCAUUAAUUUGAUUUAUGAUGUAAUGUCGCAUUGGAGAUGGUCGCGAUUUGGCCAGGAUGUGAUCAGUUGCGACAUAGUUUGCAUGAGAUCACUUAAUUCUGGGAUAUUGAUGGAAAAGUUAAUGCCUAAAGUUUUAUGAUCAACGGAAUCUAGCAUGCGCCUCUGGGAGCAGCAGAUCUAGUGAAGGGAGCUUAUAGUAGCAGUUGCAGUGAAGGUACAGCACAGCCCCUUGGAUUUCUGUCCCUUUGUUCCCCUCUGCUUCCACCCUGCCCCGACCCUGAAAAGCUCCCAAACCCCGCCCUGGUUUACCUUUGCUGCUUGAUUUUCAUUUACCUCUGUUGUUUCCAUCAGAACAGAAACAAGGAUGCAACGUAUGCAUUGCACGUCAGUCGCGGUCACCUCUCGUUGAACUGAUUUCUAAGGGAGAACUUAAAAACAUUUCGUGCGAAUGAUUUUGGAAUGAGAUGACCGAGAAUGGUGGCUGAGGGAGGGCUGACGGAAAAGCAGAGCUCGGAAGUAGUGGCUGUAGCUGCAAAAAGAUUGGACCCUAGUUCAUUGGUUCAAUAACUUCUUUUGGCGCCAAGACCACCAUUUCAUAUCCUAUCCACCCACUUGCUCCCUACCCCGUGCCAUAGAGCUUUCCCUACCCCCAUCCGGCCCAGCCCCGUUAUGCAUAUCAUUCCCGUAACCCUGCCCAGUUUUGCCCCCUUGUAUGUCCCCCGUUGGAAACUAGGGUGCUAAUGUUUUCAAUUGGUAAUAUAUUCAAUGCAAGUUUUCUUGAAAUA